CGGCGGGCGCGCGGGCGGAAGCGGAAGUGGAAGUGGCGGUCCCGGGCCGCCCGCCGGCGCCGCCGCCGCCGCCGCGAUGCUCUCGCUGGACUUCCUGGACGAUGUGCGGCGCAUGAACAAGCGGCAGCUCUACUACCAGGUGCUGAACUUCGGCAUGAUCGUCUCGUCCGCCCUCAUGAUCUGGAAGGGGCUCAUGGUAGUGACGGGCAGCGAGAGCCCCAUCGUGGUGGUGCUGAGUGGCAGCAUGGAGCCUGCAUUUCACAGAGGAGAUCUCCUGUUUUUAACCAACCGAAUUGAAGAUCCAAUCAGAGUGGGAGAAAUCGUGGUCUUUAGGAUAGAAGGAAGGGAAAUUCCUAUAGUUCAUCGGGUCCUGAAAAUCCAUGAGAAGCAAAAUGGUGACAUCAAAUUUUUGACAAAGGGAGACAAUAAUGCUGUUGAUGACAGAGGGCUGUACAAACAAGGGCAGCACUGGCUGGAGAAAAAGGAUGUAGUAGGAAGAGCAAGAGGAUUUGUCCCCUAUAUUGGAAUAGUGACUAUCUUAAUGAAUGACUAUCCAAAAUUUAAGUAUGCAGUCCUCUUUUUACUGGGUUUAUUUGUGCUGGUCCAUCGAGAGUAGCCCGUUGCACUGAAGUUCAUAGUGAAGAUGCCAUGUUUUUGUAGAUGAACCUUUUAAGUAGAUGACGGUCUGAUGUGUGGGGAGGAAGAAGAAAACAUACAUUUCAAAGCUUCUUUCCAGUUUGGGUUUGUUUUGUUUUGGGUUUUUUUUACUGCGUAAGGACGAAUGUUAUCACAGUAUUUCCAAUGGUUUGUCACAUUUUAGCAUUUUUGUACAUCAGUGAGUUUUUAUAUUAAAAGUUUAAGCCAAAUUGUUCAGUGUUUGUACUUUGAAGCUGAGCUUCCUCUCAGUGCCUACAGGACUCUGUCCUCCAAGUCCUGCCUCCACUGGGCAAGCAUGACCUCUCCCUGUGCUGUCUGAACUGUCAAAAGAUUAUCUAAGCAGGUGGUACUUUUUCCAAUUCAGAACUGGAAUAAAGAUUUUUGCAUCUGGCCAA